CUGAUAUGCGAAAUUCCAAAUAAAUAAUAAAGCGCAGAGAUCCUCCUGAAUCCGGACCCCAUCCUCCUAUGACGAAGUGACGAACUGAGAAGUCUCUUUCUAUCUUUCUUCAACUUUCUCGUCGGAUCGAAUUUCCGCGUGAAAAAUGGCACAGAUCCUUCUUCAUGGAACACUACAUGUCACGAUCUUCGAAGUGGACUCGCUGCAGAGCGGACGUAGUGGACAUUUCUUCUCCAAGUUCAUGGAGAAUGUUGAGGAAGCUGUUGGUUUUGGCAAAGGUACUCCGAAAAUUUAUGCAACUAUAGAUCUUGAAAAGGCUCGAGUUGGGCGAACCAGACUCAUACAAAAUGACCCCAACAAUCCAAGGUGGUACGAGUCUUUUCACAUUUACUGUGCUCAUUUGGCUUCAAAUGUCAUAUUUACUGUCAAAGACGACAAUCCCAUUGGGGCCACGUUAAUUGGAAGAGCAUAUAUUCCUGUUCGAGAUAUCUUGGACGGUGAGGAAAUUGAUAGAUGGGUGGAGAUCUUGGACGGAAACAAGAAUCCUAUUCAUGCUGGUUCCAAGAUCCAUGUGAAACUACAAUUUUUUGAAGUUUCUAGGGAUCGUAAUUGGGCUCGUGGAAUCAGAAGUUCCAAAUUCCCAGGGGUUCCAUACACAUUUUACCCACAGAGAGUAGGUUGUCGCGUUUCUUUGUUUCAAGAUGCGCACAUUCCAGACAAGUUCAUACCUCGUAUCCCCCUCACUGGUGGUAAGUUGUAUGAGCCACAUAGAUGCUGGGAAGAUGUCUUUGAUGCAGUCACUAAUGCAAAACACCUUAUAUAUAUAACUGGCUGGUCUGUUUAUACCGAAAUCACCUUGAUAAGGGAUUCAAGACGACAAAAACCAGGCGGGGACAUCACUCUCGGUGAGCUGCUUAAGAAGAAGGCUAGUGAGGGUGUUAGGGUUCUCAUGCUUGUCUGGGACGAUAGGACCUCUGUCGGCCUACUGAAGAAAGAUGGACUGAUGGGUACCCAUGACCAAGACACUGAACAAUACUUCCAAAACACUGAUGUUCAUUGUAUCUUAUGUCCUCGAAAUCCUGAUGAUGGUGGCAGCACAAUUCAGAACUUACAGAUCUCUACUAUGUUCACACACCACCAGAAAAUUAUAGUGGUUGACCAUGAGCUACCUUCAGGGGAACCUGAUAAGAGACGGAUUGUCAGUUUUGUUGGGGGAAUUGACCUUUGUGAUGGACGUUAUGACACCCCUUUCCAUUCAUUGUUCAGGACGUUGGAUACAGCCCACCACGAUGAUUUCCAUCAGCCAAACUUCACUGGCGCUUCAAUUACUAAGGGAGGACCAAGGGAGCCAUGGCAUGACAUUCACUCCAAGCUCGAAGGACCCAUUGCAUGGGAUGUUCUGUAUAAUUUCGAGCAGAGAUGGAGAAAGCAAGGUGGGAAAGAUGUGCUGGUAAAUUUGAGAGAGCUCAGUCAGGUUAUAAUAUCUCCAUCUCCAGCCAUGUUCCUUGAUGAUCACGAGACUUGGAAUGUACAAUUGUUCCGAUCGAUAGAUGGUGGGGCUGCUUUUGGAUUUCCAGACACUCCGGAAGGUGCAGCAAAAGCUGGACUUGUAAGCGGGAAGGAAAAUAUUAUUGACCGAAGCAUACAGGAUGCUUAUAUACAUGCCAUCAGGCGGGCAAAGAACUUUAUUUAUAUUGAAAAUCAGUAUUUUCUUGGAAGCUCUUUUGGGUGGAAAGCAGAUGACAUCAAAGUGGAGGAUAUUGGAGCUUUACAUCUUGUUCCCAAGGAGUUAUCGUUGAAAAUUGUUAGUAAAAUUGAGGCUGGGGAGAGGUUCACUGUGUACAUUGUGGUUCCUAUGUGGCCAGAGGGAAUUCCUGAAAGUGCGUCGGUUCAGGCAAUAUUGGAUUGGCAAAGGAGAACAAUGGAGAUGAUGUACAAAGAUAUACUUGAAGCUCUUCAGGCCAAAGGUAUAGAAGUGGAUCCUAGGGAAUACUUGACAUUCUUCUGCCUUGGCAAUAGGGAGGUCAAGAGGAGUGGAGAGUAUGAACCUUCAGAACAGCCUGAACCGGAUUCAGAUUAUAGUAGAGCCCAGGAAGCUAGGCGCUUCAUGAUCUAUGUUCAUGCAAAGAUGAUGAUAGUUGAUGACGAGUAUAUAAUAAUUGGAUCGGCUAACAUCAAUCAGAGGUCGAUGGAUGGGGCGCGUGACUCAGAGAUAGCAAUGGGAGCAUAUCAGCCAUAUCACUUAGCUGAUAGGCAGCAGCCUGCACGUGGUCAGAUUCAUGGUUUCCGCAUGGGUCUAUGGUACGAGCACCUUGGCAUGAUCGACGACAUGUUCCUCCGCCCAGAGAGUUCUGAGUGUGUAAGGAAAGUGAAUCAAGUUGCUGACAGAUAUUGGGAUCUUUACUCGAGCGAGGUUCUAGAAAACGAUCUACCAGGCCACUUGCUUCGCUACCCAAUUGCAGUUUCUAACGAAGGAGAUAUUACUGAGCUUCCAGGAUCCGAACACUUCCCCGACACUAAGGCUCGCAUUUUAGGUGGAAAAGUUGACUAUAUGCCUCCUAUCCUCACCACCUGAGGUAACCGCACUAAAGAAAAUGCGCACUUCUUCAGUUGUUUGCAUCUCCAUGUGUUGUGUACUAAUCGAGUUUGUGUAAUUUUGGGUGCAAACCAUUAAUAAUAAUAAUAGCAUGAACAGUAAGUAGUAUAUUGCGUCUGUUGUAGUUUAUGUUGAUUUAAGUUCUCGCUUCAACUGUCUUGUUUGUAAGGGAUAUAAGAUUGAUGGAACCAUUUGAACCCGAUGAUGGUUUGUUUGCUUGUUU